AGUCAAUAGCUAAAACUUCAGUAAGCGUCCAUCCGUCCAAACCCUGCACUGCACCACACACCGGGGAUCUGUGGAGAAGAGGGUCGGGAGUAAAAGCAUUUCCACGAGAUUGUAACUCCAUGAAAAAUGCUUAAAUUUGGCUUAACAGUUGUCCGACAUGGCGAAACAAGGUACAAUAAGGAGAGACUGCUGCAAGGUCAGGGUGUGGAUGAGCCGUUGUCUGCACUGGGGGUGAGGCAAGCAGAAGCCGCAGGUCAGUACCUCAAGGAUUUGAAGUUCACGAAUGUGUUCUCAAGUGAUCUGCAGCGUGCCAAGCAGACAGCGGACAUAAUCAUUCGGAAAAGCAGACACAGCCACGGUGUGGAAAUAGUCUGCGAUCACAGACUCCGAGAAAAAGUGAGGUCCCGAGUGAGAGAUUUCGUGCAGUCCCUGUGCCAGCAGAUGUUGUCGGAGCACCUUUCCCAAAGCGGCCGCCAAGGGGCCACAGAGGGGCAGAUAACGGUGCCCAAUGAGGAAGCCCCCCGCCCUGAGGGGCUCCCCGCGGACGGACUCCUGGGCCCGCUGCCCCACGCCCUCGUGGUCAGCCACGGCGCGUACAUGAGGGACACGAUGAAGUACUUCGUGGAGGAGCUGCAGUGCGCUCUCCCCCCCCACCUCAAGAUGUCCCAGGUCUUCUCUGCCUGCCCCAACACGGGGAUGUGCCGUUUUGUCAUCACUGUGCGCCGUGGGGAGAAGCUGCUGCCGGCGGCCCAGUGCGUCUUUAUCAACAGGACUGAUCACCUCGAAGCCCUUCGUGAGGAAAAAUAGCUGAGUGUUCAAACUCGGAGGCCUGUCUGUUAGCGGCCGGUAAACAAGCACGGAAACAGUGUGGGUUAGACUUUUGAAAUUCAGAGUGCCCUCAGAUUAGUUGGCCACCCCCUAUUAAAAUCCGUCCGCUACCUUUUCGAUGAUACAGCACUUUCCCAUUCUGCUCAACGGCGGGUUCUUAUGUAAUUCAAGAGUCCCCUUGGCACAGUAUUAACACCUCCAUGUUUUCUGGGUUGGUUUAGCGUACCCCAGUGGAAACAAGAUUACAGGAUGACUAAACUAGGAGUCUUCUGAAUUAAAUAUUUGACCCUUUUCACAGGAAUGCCAAUAUAGAAACAAACCGACUCUAAAAAUGAAAUUAAAGCCUGAAUGAAGCUGCACAGUUCCAUCCACGGCCCAGGCUCAGUUAUUUCCAUCAAAUUCAAAAGCAAUCUUGUUGUAAAAUCCUAAAUCUUAAAGUGUUUUCCCACUGCUUCCUGGAAAUACUUGGAGGUAUUGUCAUGGAGUAUAAGUUAGGGUGUCUUGAUGUUAAACUGGCUGCUUAACAUAGAGCCAAGUGAUUAAGUUAUUUUUAUCAUAUGGUUGGUUUUAAUGUCUUCCCAGUGUGUUUUUAUCACAUUCUUAAUAAUCGGAGUUAUGCACUACAAAACAAAGGGCCCUAUUCACAAAGCUCUUUUUUUUCCCCAAACACUAGAUUUACCAUAAUUGCUUAGAAAAAUGAUUUCAGAAAAGAAAAAUGAUCUCAACUACAGUACUUCUAGGAAAACUGUUGUUAAAAGAUGUGGAAUCUUGUUAAACCCCAUUGAGAUCUUUUCCGAUGAAAAUAGCAUGUGUGUACAGUAGGAGACCUAAAUAUUGGCAUUCUCCAUCUCCAAUAUCAUGAUUUUUAAGUAUCUUAAAUAUGUUUAGCAUCAAAAUAAACUCGUCACUCUAUGUGUGUUUAAACAUUGUGAUUCAGUUUAUGAUCAAGAUCUAACUUUUGUUAUUACAGUAAACCUUUGGUUCAGCGAAUCUCUCUUUAACAGUCUUUAGAUUUAACAGACAAAAUUUACUAACGAGGGAUUUCGUCUAUAAAAUAACAGGUAAGGUGUAUGGCAAUUGGUAUAGGAAUUUGUGAAUUGCUCAUGAUGGGUGGUGUGUUUGUGCUUUGAAUUGUUAAACGAUCAUUUUAAAAAAUAUACAUUGAAUUUCUACCAAUAUGUAGAGUUUAAGGCAUAUCCCUAGAGGUGUACUGUAGGUCAGUUGCUUGCAAUUUGUGUUUGUGUUUUUUAUGUUUUAGGGAAUUUUAUAGAAUAUAAUAAUAUGAAAUAAAGAUAUAAUUGUAUCUUUAUGAUGAAAAAGGCGUGGGAACAAUUUUCAUUGACUGUGUUAAUUGCAAUUGUAAGAAAUGUCAUUCAUAAUUUAAUGGACAUUCAGCAAUAACAGACACCACCAUAAGUCCGUUAAACUGAGGGUUUACUGUAAUAUCCAAUCAAUCUACAGUAUAGGUUAUUACAGUUGUCACACUGAUAACAUUUAAUCUAUUCCAUUUAUGAACCUUUCAUUACUGCCUUUCACACCCCUAAUUUAGAGCAUUCCCAUAUGGUUUAAAAGCACUACAGUAUUACAUUUAAUACAUUGUAAUGAAUUAAGUAUUGAAUAUUGGAGAAUGCCAGUGUUUACAUCUAUAACUGCAUUUAGCAUGUAUUAAAAAAUUAUGAAAUUCCACCCAGCUCUAAGCAAAACUUCCACUGGGGAAAGCAUAUUUGACUGUUUUUGUUUCCUUCAUGGAAAAACCUUUUAACCUG